CUUCACAUAAGGUUUGGGUCCUCGAGCACACUGACAGAAUCUUCUAGAGAAGCAGUGAGUUUCCCCCCCUCUCCCUUCCCAACAUGGCUGCAGACUCCAUGGAAAUCGAUGAUUCGUUGUACAGCCGGCAACGCUAUGUACUGGGAGACAGCGCCAUGCACCAGAUGGCCCAGUCUGCAGUUUUUCUCAGUGGACUGGGAGCAGUUGGAGUGGAGAUAGCAAAAAACAUUGUUCUGGCUGGAGUGAAGUCGGUUACACUGCAUGACAAUAAACCCUGUGAGACGUGGGAUCUUGGCACCAGUUUUUUCGUGCGAGAAGAAGACAUCCAGAACCAGAAGAAAAGAGUUGAAGCGGCCUAUCAGCGUGUGGCGGAGCUGAACCCCUAUGUGCAGGUGGGCGUGUCCAACAUCGCCCUCGACGACAGCACAGACCUGAGCUUUCUGAAGAGAUAUCAGUGUGUCGUGCUGACAGAAACGCGCCUGAGCCUGCUGAAGAGGGUGGACGCCUUCUGUCGCUCUCAGAAACCUCCCGUAAAGUUCAUUAGCUGUGAUGUGUUUGGGAUCUGUGCCAGAGUGUUCUGUGAUUUCGGGGAUGAAUUUGAGGUGUCAGACCCCACGGGAGAGGAACCCAAGGAACUUUUCAUCCAAAACAUCACACAGGAGAACCCAGGGGUGGUGACGAGCAUGGACAGCCGUGCGCACGGCCUGCAGACGGGUCAGAGUGUGUUAUUCAGGGAGGUGAACGGAAUGAGUGAGCUCAACAACACCGUCAGACAGAUUACAGUUCUGUCUCCAUACAGUUUUGCAAUAGGAGACACAUCAUCUCUUCAGCCUUAUACACACGGGGGAAUGUUCCGAAUGGUGAAGAUUCCUAAAAUCUACAACUUUGAGUCAAUGGAGAAGCAACUGGCUAAUCCUCAAGUCCUUACCCCAGACUUCAGCAAACCAGAGGCACCACUGCAGACCCACGCGACCCUAUUGGCUCUGGACGCUUUCCAGGAGCACCAUAACAGGCUGCCUAACAUUGGGUGUUUGCAAGAUGCUGAUGUUUUGCUGAAGCUGACUGAAGAGGUCAAUGAAUCACUGAAAAACAAAGUGUGUGUGAAUGCAGGUUUCGUGCGGUGCGCGUCACGCUGUGCCCGGGGGUGUUUGGCACCGCUGGCGGCUGCAGCGGGGGGCAUCGCCAGUCAGGAGGUCCUCAAAUCUCUCACGGGAAAAUUCGCCCCCCUUCAACAAUGGUUUUACCUAGAUGCCAUAGAGCUGGUGCAGCCACUCCAGUCUCUCCCUGAAGAGGAGUUCACACCCAGGGGGGAUCGGUACGAUGCUCUGAGGGCGUGUAUCGGCGAUUCUUUAUGUAAGGAAUUACACAAGCAAAGAGUGUUCAUGGUGGGCUGCGGUGCCAUUGGCUGUGAGAUGCUGAAGAACUUUGCACUGCUGGGCGUGGGCCUGGGGACAUGCUCCGGAGAGGUGUGUAUAACUGAUCCUGACCUUAUAGAAAAAUCCAAUUUGAAUCGUCAGUUUCUCUUCAGACCUCACCACAUACAGAAACCUAAGAGUAGCACGGCGGCGUUAGCCACGUUAGAGAUAAACCCGCAGCUGCAGGUCGACGCCCAUCUGAAUAAAGUCUGUCCUGCCACCGAGGACAUUUACAACGACGCCUUCUACUCUCGCCUGCACGUGGUCGUCACCGCCCUCGACAACGUGGAGGCCCGCAGAUACGUGGACAGCCGUUGUGUGUCCAAUCAGAGGGCUCUCCUGGACUCGGGUACCAUGGGAACAAAAGGACACACUGAGAUCAUUGUUCCAAACCUGACCGAAUCUUAUAACAGCCAUAGAGAUCCACCAGAGGAGGAGAUUCCAUUCUGCACCUUAAAGUCUUUUCCUGCUGUUGUAGAACAUACCAUACAGUGGGCAAGAGACAAGUUUGAGAGUGCGUUCUCUCACAAGCCCUCCAUGUACAACAUGUUCUGGCAGAAUCAUUCUUCACCUGAAGAUGUACUGCAGAGGAUGAAAGCUGGGGAGAGUUUGGAAGGGUCAUUUCAGGUCAUUAAGCUGCUGAGUCGUAGGCCCACACACUGGGAGCACUGUGUGGCUCUCGCUCGCCUCAAAUUUGACAAGUACUUCAAGAGAAAGGCACUACAACUGCUUCACUCUUUCCCACUGGAUACACGGCUAAAAGACGGCAGCCUGUUUUGGCAGUCUCCUAAAAGGCCUCCCUCUCCCACAGAGUUUGACUUGAACGACCCAUUACAUUUCAGUUUCGUCAUCAGUGCGGCUCGGCUCUUCGCGGCUGUGUACAGUAUCCCUUAUUCAGAAAAGAAUUUGUCUCCUGAAGCCGUGUCGAGUAUUUUAGCCGACGUGAAGAUUCCAGAAUACGUACCGGCAGAGAAGCGUAUAGAGACAGACGAGACAGUGAAGAAACCAGAUCAAACCAAACUGACAGUGAGCAGUGAGGAGGAGAGGGAAGCUGUGUCCCAGCUGGAGGAGGCCAUCAGCUCUCACUUUAUCACUGCAGAGAGGUUGCGUAUGACUCCACUGCUCUUUGAGAAGGACGAUGACUCAAACGGCCAUAUGGAUUUCGUGACGUCGGCCUCGGGCCUUCGCGCUCGCAUGUACUCCAUCGAAGCCGCCGACAGACUGGAGACCAAACGCAUCGCCGGCAAAAUCAUCCCCGCCAUCGCCACGGCAACUGCCGCCGUCGCCGGCCUGGUAGCAGUGGAGCUGAUUAAGGUGGUGGCUGGAUUUGGCUUUGAGUCGUACAAAAACUGCUUUUUCAAUCUGGCCAUCCCGGUCAUGGUACUUAGCGAAACCGCUCAGGUCAAGAGAACACAGAUCAGAGACGACAUCUCGUUCUCUAUCUGGGACCGCUGGACCAUCUAUGGUCAUGAAGACUUCACGCUGUCUGACUUCAUGAACGCUGUUAGGGAGAAGUAUGGGAUUGAGCCCACUAUGGUGGUUCACGGGGUUAAGAUGCUGUACGUGCCCGUCAUGCCGGGACACAACAAAAGACUCAAACUGACAAUGCAGAAACUGAUCAAGCCGUCUGCGGACAGGAAGUACGUGGACCUAACCGUGUCCUUCGCUCCCGAGGCAGACGAGGAUGAAGAUCUGCCCGGCCCGCCUGUGCGGUACUACUUCACCCGGGAAGGGGAGGUGGCGGAGAGGCCCUGACACCUCCUCCGCCCAUCCCCAAAACACCCUGCGCCUCCCCUCUCCUCCUCUCCCAUUCACCCCUGUGGACCACUAUGAGAGUAGCACUUGAUCAGACUCAAUGUGUAUAUAGUUCUGUUGGUUUUUUUUUUUUCUUUUUUUUUUUUACAGGUUUAUUAUUUUAUUGCAUAACUUUGUCUGUGCCAAUGCCUUAAAAAAGACAAUAUUGUGCUUUGACGUGAACGAUGACGACGGCAAUGAUGAUGAUGCUGAUGAUGAUGAUGAUGAUGAUGAUUACAACAAUAUUAAUGACUAUCGGAGUAAAACAAAAACAAAACAGUGUUUACACUCCUUCCCUAGGGCUCGUUAUUGUUCAUUUUUGUAUGAAAAGGUGGAAAGUGUCAGAUAGAAGGAGAGAAAAAAAAAAGAGGAAUAACAAGAGGAUAGGCCAGGGGAGAGAAUUUGGCAAGAGAGAGAGAGAGAGAAAGAGAGCGCGUGAGAAAUGGAGGUAGGAGGACAGAGAGAAAAACAGAUGUACUCUUUCCAUGGCGGGAAAGAGCUUUUAUUAAGUAGGUUAAUGGUUCAUUCCAUCGCACACUUGGGAGGGAAUUUCGGGGAGGGGAAAAAAAAAAAAAUUGAAGAAGUGUGAAAUGGAAUUAGAUGUUUGUCACUGCAAGUUUCACAAACACCAAAGAUUCUUUUGUGUUUUUUUUUUUUCAGGUUUGUUUUAAAUUUUCGUCAACAGCAUAUGCAUUCAAGUCAAGUUCAUGAUCUCAUCUCAGUGGAUUCAUUUUUUGUUUGCUGCUCUGGUGGUAAUCAGCUCCUGGUCAAACUUUGGAAAGCUGGCAAAGUGUAUUCUGAUUUAUGGCCACCAGGCAGAGCUCUAACAUAUUUAAACUGUCUCAAUUCUCCAGCUACUUUUUGGUCAUAAAUAAUGUUUACACUA